UAAUAUAGUCUUGGAAUAUGAGAUGGAAGCUACCACUACCACAUAAUAAUAGUAUAUUAUUCCUUGACCACCGUAAUAAGGAUCGGAAAAUAAAAUUUGAGCACGCAACCACAGCCACCUAACCUUAGCUGACAUAAUAAUAUAUAGCUCAUAUAUAUCAUAAAAAAUUAAAAGAAAACAUCUCAUAUCCAAAUUUGGUCUGAAAAUGGCAUCUUCAAACACAGAUGCAGAAAACUAUCGAUCCUUCAUGAACGAAGACGAUGUCAAGAACAUAAACUGGAGGUAUGGCUCUGCUCCCAACUACGAUGUAGUUGACAAGCUCUUCCAAGAAGGCAGAACUAAGAUAUGGCCUCGUGGAUCGCUGGAAGAGAAGGUGCAGACACUCGUUAAGACAUGGGAGAUGGAGUUGUUCCACAAAGUCGACAACCAAGACUUCAAAACAGUUGAUGUUGACAACUACACAUUCAGUCUGAAUGGAAGAAAAGCAUUGUCUCUUGAAGAGAAGAGGAAGCUUGGAGGAGGAUACAUCUCAUUGCUGCAAACAUCCUUACCGGAGAAGUUUAGGUGCUUCGAUCCGGCAAAGGAGACGUUGGACUCGGCCCACCGCGCUUUCACGACGACGUUUCCACGCGGGUUUGCCCUCGAGAUCCUUGAGGUCUUCUCCGGCCCGCCGGUGAUCGUCUACAAGUUCAGGCACUGGGGGUUCAUGGAAGGCCCUUUCAAAGGGCACCCCGCAACUGGUGAAUUGGUCGAGUUCUUUGGUAUGGCCAUUUUCGAGGUGAAUGAGAAUUCAAAGGUUGUGAGGGUUGAAUUCUUUUACGAUCGAGGAGAGCUGCUUGGAGCUCUUGUCAAAGGCUCCAAUUCUGACGAGGUGGCUGCUCAUGUUUCUUCAAGCUGCCCGGUUUUAAGGAACACUGGUUAAUAUGUGAUCACUUAAACUACUUGAAUUCUUUCCCUUACUGCAUAAAUACUUCAACCUAAUGUGAUUAUGAUAUUUCUUCAAUAAUAUCAACAAUGUAUUGACUUAUAAGUUUUGAUCGCAACAUUCUGUGUUUUCUCAUUUA